AUGAGUAACAACGUGAUUCGGAACUCCAUAGUGUUUUACACUGAUGGCAGCUCGCUUGGCAAACCGAAGAAAAAGGGCAAACGGGCUGCCGGUUGUGGAGUCUUCUUCGCCCCAAACGACCCAAGGAACUACGGAGGCGCGCUAGGCCCCGACCCUCAGACGAAUCAACGCGCAGAACUCGCAGCCAUCUGGGAAGGCCUCACGAGAAUCAAAUUCACGGAUCAUGCCACCAUUUACACCGAUUCAGAGUACGCUAUGUUCGCACCAACAUCGAGGUACUACACACAGAAGCGGAACAGCUGGAAAACACCCGAGGGAAAACCUGUUCCGAAUAUUGAUCUUAUCGAACCGAUUUUCCAGCUUCUAGUACUGCGAAAGGCUUCCGGUGCAACGACGGACCUCCGCUGGCUCAAGGGUCACUCAGGCUAUCCAGGAAACGAAGCAGCUGAUAGACUAGCUGCAGAGGGAGCAGAGUACGUUGUAAAGUCUUGCAUACAGGCACCAGACUACGGUCACUAA